GGAUGUAUAUAACUGUGUUACAAGAGACUUCUUUACUGCUUUAUGAAACACCGGGACUGGUUUUGUGACUGUCUGUAAAAUUCCUUCAGUGCACUCUGUAACUGGGAACAAGAACAGCUUUCCUGUCAUUCAGGAUACACACUCACACAGUAUUCCGGACAGCAUACCUCUGGGAUCUGCCUGUGGGAAACUUUGAGGGGGAGUGUUCAAAGGUGGAGCUUAAGUCUGAUCUUGUGGGACAGGACACACGUAUUGAGCAGAGGUGGAUGGUUGAUGGUUUAAUCUUCUCUUUCUCCAAUGGGAUAUGGUGUCACAAUGGAGUGGAUUUGAUCACGGCACAAUCCAUGAGGACUUUAACUUGAGUAGAUGUGAGUGUCUGCAAGAGGACUCCUAAGUGAAGUUGGUGAUAAACAGUUGCAGUCCAUGAGAAUGUUGCCUGGAGUUUAUCUGCACUGAUACCACAUUCAAGAGGACUUGUGUCCAGUGCUGCUGAGAUAUCUUAUUGUUAGUGGGCUUCAGAGUGGAAACUAUAGCGCCAUGGCAGGGGUCACCAGGAAAGGAUCUGGGAGACCCUCAUACUACUACAGAUUCCUGGGCAAGUCCCGACUGCAGCGUCAGCGAAGCCGGUCCCGCAGCCGCACCAGGCCGUCUGCCAGCAGGGAGUCACCUCCAGAGAGGACAGGACGCCGACGCAGCAUGCCAGGCAGCUCCUCAGACAAGAACACACCCACUAUGGAGGCUACGUCCACUGCUGCCACACCUUUCAGAGUCACCGUGAGUACUGGCUUUCUAAGUCGACGGCUGAAGGGCUCCAUAAAACGCACCAAGAGUCAACCCAAGCUUGACCGCAACUCCAGCUUCAGACACAUCCUUCCUGGCUUCAGGAGCGUCGACAAUGACAGAUCUCAUCUGAUGCCAAGGCUGAAGGAGUCUCGCUCCCAUGAGUCAUUGCUCAGCCCCAGUAGCGCUGUGGAAGCCCUGGACCUAAGUAUGGAGGACGAGGUUGUCAUCAAGCCUGUGCACAGCAGCAUCCUCGGGCAGGACUACUGCUUUGAGGUCACCACCUCCACAGGAAGCAAAUGUUUUUCCUGCCGUUCAUCAGCCGAGAGAGACAAAUGGAUGGAGAAUCUGAGGAGAGCAGUGCAGCCAAACAAGGACAACAGUCGUCGGGUGGAGAACCUGCUGAGGCUGUGGAUCAUCGAGGCCAAGGACCUGCCGGCCAAGAAGAAAUACUUCUGCGAGCUUUGCCUGGAUGACUCACUCUACGCCCGCACCACCUGUAAACUCAAGACUGACAACGUCUUCUGGGGAGAGCACUUUGAGUUCAACAACCUGCCUGCUGUCAAGAGCAUCACAGCCCACCUCUACAAAGACACGGACAAGAAGAAAAAGAAAGAUAAAAACAAUUACAUCGGACUUGUCAACAUCCCCGUGGCAGCAGUUACCGGCCGACAGUUUAUGGAGAAGUGGUAUCCAGUCAGCAUGCCCAACCCUCCUAAGGGCAAGACAUCUGGGCCUAUGAUUAGGAUCAAGGCCCGCUAUCAGAGUAUGAACAUCCUUCCCAUGGAGAUGUACAAGGAGUUUGCAGAGUACACCACCAACAACUACAUGCUGCUAUGCUCGGUGCUUGAGCCCGGGAUUAGCGUCAAGAACAAGGAGGAGAUGGCGUGUGCGCUGGUCCACAUUCUACAGAGCACCGGCAAGGCGAAGGACUUCCUCACAGACUUGAUGAUGUCAGAAGUGGAUCGCUGCGGGGAGAACGAGCACCUCAUCUUCAGAGAGAACACGCUAGCGACAAAGGCCAUAGAGGAAUACCUCAAACUGGUGGGACAGAAAUACCUGCAGGACGCCCUUGGUGAGUUCAUCAAAGCUCUGUAUGAGUCAGAUGAGAACUGUGAGGUGGAUCCGUCCAAGUGUUCGUCAGGUGACCUGCAGGAGCACCAGAGUAACCUGAAGAUGUGCUGUGAGCUGGCCUUCUGCAAAAUCAUCAACUCAUACUGUGUCUUUCCGAGAGAACUGAAAGAGGUCUUUGCGUCAUGGCGACAGGAAUGCAGCAACCGGGGUCGACCGGACAUCAGUGAGCGUUUGAUCAGCGCGUCCUUGUUCCUGCGGUUUCUCUGUCCAGCCAUCAUGUCCCCCUCACUUUUCAAUUUGAUGCAGGAGUAUCCAGAUGACCGCACAGCACGUACACUCACGCUCAUCGCUAAAGUCACCCAAAACCUGGCAAACUUCACCAAAUUUGGCAACAAGGAAGAGUACAUGUCCUUCAUGAACCAGUUCCUGGAGCACGAGUGGACCAAUAUGCAGCGCUUCCUGCUCGAAAUCUCAAACCCAGAGACAAUCUCCAACACGGCAGGCUUUGAGGGGUACAUUGACCUCGGCAGGGAACUGUCCACCCUGCACUCCCUCCUCUCUGAAGUGGUGUCCCAGAUGGACCAGAGUGCAGCCUCCAAGCUGGGUCCUCUGCCCAGGAUCCUGCGGGAGGUGAACACAGCUCUGUCCAACCCGUCCUGCGUCCAGAUGACACCCGGACAGUCCUCUGAGCAGAUGGGCUCACCUCCCGCUGAGGCAAGCUGCAGCAUCUCCUCCGGCCUGCAGAAGAUGGUCAUAGACAAUGACCUUUCAGGAUUAGUUGACUUCACCAGGUUACCCUCCCCUACCCCAGAAAAUAAGGACCUAUUCUUUGUGACAAGGAGCUCAGGGAUCCAGCCCUCCCCAGCACGCAGUUCAAGCUACUCUGAGACCAAUGAACCUGACCUCGGCAUGGCCAAUGGCAGCAAGAGUCUGUCCAUGGUGGACCUCCAGGACCCCCGCAGUCUGGAGGGUGGACCUGGUCCAAGCUCCACAGAUGCCAUGGGUGAAGGCCAAACCUCUGGGGGAGGCUGGUCAGCCAGAGUCUCACAGGGCAGCAUCCCUGGAGGUCCCACUCUACGGAGGCCAGGCCAGCCCCCCACCACCAUGAGCACAGAAAGCACCCCAGGCCGACCCGCCCAGCUAUUAGCCCCCCUGUCUUUCCAGAACCCAGUCUACCAAAUGGCGGCCUGCCUGCCUGUGUCCCCUCGCGGAAUGACCGACUCGGGCUCUGAGUGCCACAGUUCUGUCAGUUCCCAUAGCAACAACGAGGACGGGCCAGCAGGAGGGAAGCACGCCUUCUUGAACCAUGGUGGAGGAGGAGGCGGAGGUGGAGGGAGCAGCGGGGAUGAAUACUCCAGGCGUUCAGGAGACUUCAACCGCCGACAGCUGUCCCUCACAGAAACACAGCACCAGCCCACCGUCCCCAGACAGAACAGUGCUGGCCCACAGCGGAGGAUAGACCAACCUCCACCUCAGAGCAUUACUCGGGGCCGAACACCCCCGAAUCUGCUCAACAGUGGACCCUACCCCCGUCCCUCCUCUGGCAACAUGAUGACGUCUUCACCUGACUGGCCUGGUAGCGGCGCCCGGUUACGACAGCAGUCCUCUUCCUCCAAAGGUGACAGUCCGGAGACCAAGCAAAGAGCUCAGCACAAACAGGCCCCCUCCCCAGUGAACCCCAGUGCGCUGGACCGCACAGCAGCCUGGCUAUUGAAUAUGAAUGUGCAGUAUUUAGACCAUGAGGGGAUGGAGCCAGAGUCACUGAGAAACAGAGAGGAUCUGACUCAGGUGGAGAAGUACCAGCAGGAGAUCGCAGUGCUGCAGGAGAAGCUGCGGGCGUCGGUGCAGAAGCUGGAAGAGUACGAGGCCCGUCUGAAGGGUCAGGACGAACAAGCCCAGAAGGUGUUGAUGGAGUACCAGGCCAGGCUGGAGGAGUCGGAGGAGCGCCUGCGCAGACAGCAGGAUGACAAGGACCUCCAGAUGAAGGGUAUCAUCAGCAGGUUAAUGUCGGUGGAAGAGGAGCUAAAGAAAGAUCACUCAGACAUGCAGGCAGUGGUGGACUCCAAACAGAAGAUCAUCGACGCACAGGAGAAGCGCAUAGCAUCGUUGGAUGCAGCCAACGCCCGUCUGAUGAGCGCUCUGACCCAGCUGAAGGAGCGCUACAGCAUGCAGACCCGCAACGGCAUCUCCCCCACCAACCCCACCAAACUGCAGAUAACUGAGAACGGAGAGUUCAGGAACAGCAGCAAUUGCUAGACAGAGUGCCUGCACGUGUGUACAGUUAUUAAAAGAGCGGACGUCUACAUGCAUGCACGGAUGCAUGCCUGUUUGAAAGACUGAGAGCGUGUGCGUGCGUUUUUGAAAGCGGACACAGUACUUUCAGAGGACAUUUCAACUUUUUUUGGACACCAGUGCAGGAGUGAGGUCAUCACUCUGAGGGGGCCAGCCAGUAGAGGCAGGACUUCAGCGUGACAGACACAUCACCAAGAGGACAAGAUCACCAGACGGCCUUUGUUACUUUCAUAGGGUGACGGCCAGAGGAGGCGGGGCAAAGCUUGUACAUAUGAAACUCAAAGCUGUCCAUCAGUCAGACACUUUGCCAGUGGACAUAUGCAGUCGCUGGGACAACUCAAGACCCUGCCUUUGCCUGGGACAAACCACUAUAUAACCACACACAGUGACGACCGCCAGACACGGUCACCCUAGCGACCCUCCUCUCUCUCUCUCUCUCUUUAUUCUUCUCCCUCUUGACGACCAAGUGGACCCACUUCAAAACAAUAACACGCAUUGAGGAUUAUCACGUUAGUUGUCUUGAGAGAAUUACUUUCUAGUGCUUUAUUUUAAAGUCAUUGUUUCUGAAGAACCAAAUAGGAGCUCAAAAAAAUAGCUAUUUUUAGUCCAGAUUUAUCUUUACGUCCCCUUUUCACUCCUUGGGUGUGUUCCUGAGCAUCCCGAUGAGCCCCGCUUCCCCCCUCCAUCCCUAUGUAGUGCACUUUGUGAGAAGCUAUUGGUACAUGAAGCGCCUUAAGUAAGGAACACACCUCCACUUUAUCCCACAGCUCCCCUAUUUCUGCAAAAAAAAGGCACAACUUAUACUGUGGAUUUGUAAAGAAUACAAAAAUUAAAUUGUACACACAUAAAUGUAUUAUGAACACUAAAGUAAAUGAAUUCUAUGUGAUACUAUAUUGAUGAAAUUUAAUAUAGAUGUAUGCAUUUCUUUUCUUCUAUAGAGUAUACACACAUAUCUAUAUUUGAUAAUCUCAAAUAUAAAAGCAGCCCUUUAUUUAGGAGUGAGAUCUAGUUUUAUUUUUCUUCUCUUACGAUGAAAGACUGUAGUGUGUAGCUUGCUUUAGAGCCCUGGAGGAGACGACCACACCGAGCAGUGAUCAGCACCAUCGCCUCAGUCACCCCCUUCAAAUAUCCCCAAGAUGCUUAACCCUUUACAUUUUAGAAAAAUGUCUGUACAAUAGUUCUAACGGCUCUGGCGUAGCUUGCACAACUUGCACAGUCAAGUGAUGGGUUUCUUCUUCUGGUGCUUAUCAUUGCUCUUAAAGACACAGAUCUAUUACACACAGAUUUUUUUUUCAUUUGAGUCACAUGUGUGGUCUUCUUACUCUAGUAGCACAAGAGCUAUUGAGAGACAUGUGUUUAGGCACACUCACUCAUACUAUACACUGGACUGGUGAGCCGUUGUAAUAACGGCCUCCGUAGUUACAUUUUCUCUCUUACUGCUUUGUUUGUCAGUGGUAUUGAAGUAUGCUGCAUCCAAACUGUGACUCUAUUAAUCCUAGUGGCAUCAUCUUUCCUCUCUGUCUCUUUUCCGUACUCGCCUCCACCCUCCUUCCUUCAUCCCUCCUUUUGCUGAAUGUGAAGAUGCUAACUCACAGUUGGUCUUAACAUGGGGUUCGGUCCUUCUAAUCUGUCCUCACAUCGCUCUCAUGGCUUCAUACCAUCUCCGCAUCUGUAUUUUGUAUAUUUUUGUAUUCUUUUUUUCUUUUCUUUUUUCUUACCUGUAACAGACUGUAUACAUCAAGUGUGAGGCUCUGCAUGCUUCAUCCUCGCUCUAGAGCCAAUGGCAGCAUCUGUAUCACCAUUUGUUUUCUUUUGUUGCCAAUCGGAAGGUGAUGAUGACGAUGAUGAAUGCUUUGCUGCAGACAUAUACAGUGAAUAUAUGAUAACCGAGUGCAUCGAGAGGCGGGACAGCCUGGGAACGUGUAAAUAAAAUGCUCACACUAUUUUUACCUAAUGUUAACAGAGCUUUUUGUAAAUGUAUCUUGUGCUCAAACUCUGCUGUAUCAUUAUGGAUAUUGUAAAUACAAAAUAGCUCAGUCGGUCAUCUGUCCUCAUUGGGUAGAACUAUACAGUUAAAUUAACCUUUCAGUGUUCUCCCUGUUAAAGCUAUUGUUUUUGUAUUUAGAGUGUAAUAUCACUAGCCAAAAAAACUGAUUAAGUAGGAGUUGGACUCUUGGGGAAGUCGUGGAGGACGCCACACAAUCAUGCAUUUCUCGUCAGUCUAGCUCUAUGCACUUUUAUGUUCAGUGGUUGGUGUUCAUUUAGCUUUUCUUUUUUAGCACAGCACCUGUUUCAGGUGUUUGAAAAACGUGGCAAAGUUCAAAACUGAAGAAAGGGACUUUUGGUAUAGCUCAUUCAAACUGUUUACAUCAGACAACAGAACUGUUUUGCAGUUUUCAUUUUUGAAUAAAAAGGAAUAGCCUCAGACUGAAAAAUCCUCUGGUUGCAAAAAAAAUAAAAAAUAAAAAUCUGAUCGGAUAGGACUUUUUCUCAUAUUAUACCAGGAAUUCAUUCAUAUUCAUUGUUAUUAUUGUUGGUUGCAGAGAUUAAAGCAAGACUAUGCUACUUUUAACAGAAGAAAUAAUAUAUUCAUACAAAUGAAUAGUUGCAAUAAUUAAACACUAUUGCUCAAUUCAGUACAAUCAGAAGUUUUACUGCUAACUUACAGCCUUAACGCUACUUGGUCUUUUCUUUUAACCAGCAGCUUUUUGUGGCAAACGUUAACAAAUUUUAGGUUAAUUUUGCUGUAAAAGGCACUACUACUUAUACUACAAGGCUAUAAUCGCUUAGCAUUGUAGCUAAAUGCUAAACUGCUAUUUAGCAUUUACACUCAUGAUGCUAAUGUUGCAGCCUUGCCUGGUUUGUUAUGAUGAGUAGCUUUUGGCAGCAACGGUACAUUUUUUUUACGGAAUUGUCAAUUUGUUCAUAGUCCAGUUCUGUCUUCAUUCAAGUCAGUGGAGUGGGUGGAUUCCAAGGUCUGAACUCAGGCAAUAACGUUAGCAAAUUUUAAGUAAAUUUUGCCCAAGGCCAGUGAUGAAAUAAGUUUUCUUACUUCAUGACAUAUCUCCUCUUGUGGUGCUGUUAGUCAACAUUUGUAUAUGGUGUUCAUGUGGGUAGUAAAUGGGCUGAAAAAUUGGUCCUACUGUAUAUGAUAAUGGCUCCGUGCAAAUUACCCACGAGUGGGUUAUUAAAGUGACCCCUAGAUACGAUGCCUACUUUGGGUCCAUACCCACCUCAUGCCCAGGUAGCCAGGUACCCAUCUACUUGUGUAAACCCACCCAUGUGGGCGAUUGUCAUGGGUCCAAUAUGGAACCCAUGGACAAACCCAUUUAGGGCCUAUUUUUCAGCCUAUUUACUACCCACAUGGGCCCCACAUACAAGUCUUGGCUGCUUAACUACUGUAUAGCUGAAUGGUAAAAGGUUUAGCUAAACAGGUGGACAUUGUAAUGCUAAUGUUAGCCUCACCUGGCCUGUUAUAACAAGUAGCUUUUGGUGGCUAAGGUUUGCUAAUGUUAGCACAUUAGCGAUACAUUUUAUGUUAUGGUAAAGUAGCCUACAAGGCAUUUUACUAGUUGACUUGGCUUUAUGACCCUCGUAGCUUUUUAGCUAAAUGCUAAACUAUUGUUUUGUGAACUAUGUUAAAGCAUUUAUCAAAAAUAGGAUUAUCACAACAGUAGUUUAGCAUUCAGCAGUAGUGGUUGUUCAGCAAAAGUUGCAUAGUCUUGCUUUACACUGUAGUGUGCAACAACACAAGUUAACUGAUAUAAGGCUGUAUCUAUCAGUACAUGUACAAGUAAAGCAGAAGACGCACACAAAUGUUGGUUUCUAAUUUGACUUUUCAGCUAUCAGUUCAUUUGUCCCAUCCAUGUUCACACCUCAGUUCUAAUUUUCUCAGUCAGAAAACCAUGAGCUCCCUCUUCAUACAGUUCAGCCAGUCCGACAAAAGAUCAAUCAAAAAUAUAAAGCUAUAAAUAAAGUAAAAGAUGUUGUAUGUUUUCUAUUAUCUUGUAGAAAAUACUUUUGUAAGUAUGUUGAAAGUAUAAAGUAUUUGCUGGAUUCUGCUUCCUUUGACGACAGUGACAAAACAAUAAUGUACAGAGGAAUUUGUGUUGACAAAAUGUGGCUGUGCAAUUUAUGUACAUUUGCAACUAGACCUAUUAAAGUUUUAUUUAGCUAUUUUAAAA